CUAGAAUAUGAUGGCCAGUUCCGGAUCAGUCGAGAUCCGAAAUGUCUUCGAGCUACACGCGCCUGUUCCGCGUCUUAUUCGUGAUUAUCUUCCUGAAGCUUCUCUUCCUUGUGGGCCUGUAUUUUCACAGUUACGAUGGCGUCUCUCGGUUCCAGAGGCGCUUGCAAGUGGAUAUAUUUGAUGAGCUGCUAGUGGAUCGAAGGGAAAUGCCCUCUUUGGAGAAGCGUUUGGAAUGGAUUCGCGAGGAGUUGCCCUCGUUUCCGCUGGAAGAGCUGUUGGCCAGGGAAAAGCAGCAUCUGGCCCCGGUUACCUGUGGACCUGCACCCGAUCUGAUGAACAUCGACUUUCACAACACCUACUGGCAGAGGGCCAUCAAUGCCAAUCUCACAUAUUACCUCUUUGCAGCCUACUACGAUAUUCGCGAGACGGUGGACGAGGCGCCACUGGUUCGUCUCUUGGCCAUGGUUAAUCAGCACCUGGACGAUUCCUACAAGUACCCGGAAAUCUUUUGCCAAUUUUGGUUUGAUAACAGGGCCGAGCCGGUGAUUGUUCCCGUUUCGGAGCACCGGGUAAUGUGGCCCUUUGGUCACGCCCCUCGACGCUACUAUCCGACUUUUAUGAGCUGCCCUUUGCCGGAGGGAGAGAUGAAGUGGAAGGUGCCCAAGAUGGUUUCGCUGGUGGCCAAAAAAUGCGAUAUGGCCAGGAAUCUGCUGAGAGUUGUUUACGAAAUUGAUGAAACCACAAAGGAGGAACAAGGAAAUUCAGGAAACAGCACCGCAGUGGAUCCCAAAUUUGUGGUGUGUGUAAAGGCAAUGGAUUUCCCGUAUGAAGAUAAAUCCUGGCGUUUGAUCGAGUGGCUGGAACUGAUGCGACUGCUGGGUGCUCACAAGGUCGUUCUCUACGACGCCCAAAUGCAUCCGAAUAUGACGAGGGUUGUAAAGGAUUAUCUGGUCACCAGUCCUGGCUUUGUGGAGCUGCGUCCAAUGUCUUUGGGCCGCGGGGAGCCGCAUGCCCGGCCGCAUUUUCAACACUAUGCCAUGGCCGCGGAUGGUUUCAAUCGAAUUCUGAACGAAAUGAUACCCUACAACGAUUGUUUCUAUCGCAAUAUGUACAAGUACGAUUAUGUGGGUGUCUUUGAUAUCGAUGAGGUUAUAAUGCCCCUUGGAAAUCACACCACCUGGCCGGAAUUGGUGAAGCUGGCGAGGAUUGUGCCCGAUUACGAGAGUCGCACGGCCGCGGACUGCAAGGAGUGGGUGAGCUUCUGUUUCCGCAAUGUCUACUAUCCGAGAUAUCCUGAAAGGCCAAAGGUGUACAGGAAUCUCUCCAGCUCCUUCUACAUGCUGCAGCAUGUGGAACGGGUGCGUGAGCAUUGCAAUCGCGGAGCGGCAGCCAAGUGCCUGCAUGACACACGAUACGCGGUUGGACUGCACAACCACUUCACCUUCUUUCACACCGAGGAGUACGCAUGUGCGGCCAAAUCGGUGCCCAUUGAGUACGCGCAAAUGCAGCAUUACCGGGAGCCCGACACCAAGUCCCUGCUGAUCGAUCCCAUUGUGGACGCCAGCAUCUGGAGGUUUCAGCCCCAGCUGCAGGCGAGAGUGGAGGAGCGGUACCGCAGACUGGGCUUCCUGCCCAGCGAUCAGCAAUUGGCGGACACCCUGGAGCGGCGCCGCCAGCGGGAUGAACUGCAGCUCAAGGAGGCAGUGGGUAGAUCUUAAUUAGAUAAUAUAGCUGUAGCUGAUGUAUGUUACAUUAUGAACUCGUUAGCUUUCCGAAAUUUUGUUGGCUUAAGUUGUUUGCGACCUUUUUUUGAGCCAACAAGUAAUGGUAAAUAUCGCCAUCUGUUGGAAAUUUGUUUAUUUAUUCUAUAGAAGUCCCCCUUCAAUUUUUGAUAUGUAGUUCAAGUUGCGAUCUUUUCAAACCAAC